AUGGCUUCCAGCAAUGAUCGUUCUGCCCGCCAUUCUUCAGUCCGGGUCCGCCACCUGCUCCAUGGCAUAGCGAGGCAAUUGGAGGCAUGUGCCGAAGAGGUCGAGGUUAACGACGGUGAUGGCGAUAAGGAUGCGAGCCCAUCCGCACCUUUAUUCAAACGCGCCUCCGCCGUCCAGAAGAGUCCCUUGUUGUCACUUGCGCCUGAGAUCCGCAACAUGGUCUGGAAGCUCUGCCUGCGUCACCCCGAAGAUCUAAUCACGAAGCUCGAAAAAGAGCAGAGAAUCCCAAAGAAGUACGGCUGCCUGACGAUGAACAUCGACCCUGGCUCUGGCGAAGCCCGCCCGAAGGUCCUCGAAGGAUUUGAGACCAGCGCCUCCAAGCGCACCAGGCUGUCAAUCAGGGAGCACAGUCUCCGCAACCUUGCGCUUAUGCAGACCUGCCAGGAUGUCUACAACGAGACCGCGCCGUUCCUGUGGUCUCAGCCGUUCUGCUUCCCGUCCAUCAUGCAACUUCAGACCUUUUUAUUUUCAAACGCGAGACUAGAUCUCGUUCGCGACAUCUCAGUCCUCAGACUGGACCGUCAGCUCGGCGUCAACCACAUGCCUGCCACCUGUGCUCUUCUUGCCGACAAGGUAAAGGGUUUGGAGCGCUUUGACGUUGACAUGAGCAACAUGGAUAAGCUUGGACUACACUUUGGCUACUUCGUCCAUGUCACGCCCUUUGGAAAUGACCAAGAACUCCGACAGGCAGGCGUCCACGUGGGCUUUGAUAUCUACUCCUGCAUGUACCCUUGGGUAACCAAGGUGGUGCAUGACCAGGGAAUCGAGAAGCUGAUGGCUAUCCUUCGAAUACCGAGGAAGACAGGACAGACUCUUCGGUUGGAUUGGAGGAUUCACAACGCCUUUAGAAGGCGUGUGGAGCUGGACGCAAACCAGCUGAAAAUCGCAAACACCGCCACCGCUGAGGAAAUCCUCAGACUUGUCAACCAUUACGACAAGUGA